UCAAUUGACGAAGCUGGUGAUAUCAAUGUGGUAUAUUUCUGGUAUAUCCUUCCUGGAUGGUUGAUUUCUACCUAAGAGUUGCAAUCAUGCAGUUUCUAAUUUACUAGUGCCUUAUAAAGGCUGCUGCAGAGAAUGGUAAAUUAAUUGUUGUGAUAAUAUUUUAAUUGAAUAGAAGUUUGAAGGUUUCGUUUUGUGGGAAAUUUAUCAUUUGAGAAGUGAUGGGUCAUGUGACAGCAGAUUGGACACCUCUUGGUGAUGUAUUUUACAGGACAAUUGAAUUGUAUGAUAUGGCUUGGAAAGGUGAAAUUGACAUUACAAAAUAUCAUAUUGCUGCAGCACCUUAUGGUGGACCAAUAGCUCUUUCAAAGAAACACAUGAGAAUGUCCGGGGCAAAACCUCUUAUCUCUAUAUAUUCUGCAGCUGGAAGAUUAAUGGCAGAUAUAAACUGGGAAGGAGGAAACCUUGUUCAAAUGGGAUGGUCUGUAAGUGAAGACUUGUUCUGUGUUGCUGAAGAUGGAAGAAUAUAUGUCUAUACUCUUUCUGGGGACUUUAUAAAAGUGAUGACAACAGGACAGGAGGGAAAGGAGUUUAAAGUGAUUGAUUGUAGAUUCUUCUCCAGUUCAAUGGGAUCUGGUAUUACCAUCUUAACUAGUCGCUACCAUUUUUAUACAAUAAACAAGUUGGAAGAUAAAAAAACACGGGAGUUAGCUACUCCUCCAGGUUUAAAUGCUCCACCAAGCAGCUGGAUUACCAUUCCAGAAGAAAGAAAAUCUCAUGUGUUGGUUGCUGUGGAGAGUUUUCUUUACUCCGUUACAAGUGAAGAUGUUGUUUUAUUAACGCCAGAAAUCAGCGAGCAAGUAAAUGCAUUCACAGAGAUGGCUCUCUCGAUAAACCAUAAAUAUUUAGCACUGUAUGCGGACACUGGUCUAGUGUGGAUUGGAUCUUCGGAUUUGAAAACGGUUUAUUGUGAGUUUAAUACUCGACAAACAUCCCGUCCUGAGCAACUAGCAUGGUGUGGAAAUGGUGCUGUGAUAUGUUACUGGCAAUAUCAAUAUAUGAUGAUUGGACCUGAUAAAGAUGUCGACACUCGUUUUAUCGAAGACGAUGUUUAUCUGGUGCCUGAAAUAGAUGGUAUAAGAAUUGUGAGUAACGAGAAACACGAGUUCCUUCAAAAAGUUCCAAGUGUUGUUGAAAAUGUUUUUAAAAUCGGUUCUGUGGAGUCUGGAGCCAUGUUGUAUGAAGCAAUGAAAGAAUUCGAGAAAAAGAGCGCUAAAGCGGAUGAAUAUAUUCGUUUAAUAAAACCCAAGUUACCAGAAGCAGUCAGACAGUGUGUGCAAGCCGCGGGUUCGGAAUUUGAGCCAACAUUACAAAGAAGUUUAUUAAGAGCGGCAUCAUUCGGAAAGAGUUUCGUUGAUGAACUAGAAACUCAUAAGAAAUAUGUGGAAAUGUGUCAAAUAUUAAGAGUUUUGAAUGCUGUUAGAGAACAUACUGUAGGCGUGCCUUUAACCUUAGUGCAACUGGACACUUUGUCAAUGGAUGUGCUUAUUAAAAGAUUAAUGCUUCGACGUCAAUAUUGUUUGGCAAUGCGAAUUAGUAAUUAUUUGAAAAUUCCAAAAAGUGACGGCGAAAGUAGAAUUCUGGCACAUUGGGCAUGCUAUAAGGUGCAACAAAUGAACAAAGAUGAGGAAAAUAUUGCUCUUGCCAUUGCAACCAAACUCGGAGACGCACCUGGUAUUUCAUACACUGCAGUUGCAUCGCAAGCUGUUAAAUGUGGUCGAGGUCAGCUUGCUCUCAGGCUUUUAGAAUAUGAAUCAAAAGCAGCAGACCAAGUUCCGUUACUAAUCAGGAUGAAAAACAACCAGCUCGCUUUGGAGAAAGCAAUAGAAAGUGGAGAUACCGACUUAGUGUAUUUGGUUGUGAUGGACCUUAAAGAAGAAAAACAACUAAAAGAAUUUUUGAUGACUUUAAGGCAUUUUCCAGUUGCUUUCAGUCUUUUUGUAAAGUUUUGUAAAGAACAGGAUAAAAAAACGUUGGAAAAUCUCUACACGAUAGAUGACCAGUUUCUUAACCUGGGCAAUCUUUACUUGCACGAUAGCUUCACUAAGACUACAUCAGAUGAGAGAAGAGAAUGUUUGAAAAAAUCUUUGGGAUAUUUUACCCAAGGCAACCUACUCUUUCCAAAACAGAUGGUGGAAGAACAAAUUAAGCUACUAGAGAAACAGAAAUCGCUGGAAGAAAAGUUGAGACUUCCAGGACUAUAUGGGUUAUCAGUUAGUGACACCAUAUCUCAGUGUGUUCACAAAGGUCAUUACAACGAAGCAGAACAAUUAAAGAAAGAAUUUAAAGUUCCUGAUAAAAGAUAUUAUUGGCUGAAGCUUCGAGCACUUGCUAAAGCCCGUGAAUGGAUGAAACUGGAAGAAUUUAGUAAAAGUAAAAAGUCUCCCAUAGGUUACGAGCCGUUCUUUGAGGCGUGUUUUCAAUUUGAUAACAUCAAGGAAGCUGAAAAAUAUAUUUCUCGCGUUCCCCUUGAGGAAAGAAUGAAUUGUUACAUCAGAGUUGGAAAUAUUGAACAAGCGGCAAAUGUUGCAUUCAAUCAGAAAAAUGAAGAAGCUUUGAACAGUUUGUUGGGGCGUUGUGGAACAAAUAGAACACUCGUCUCUAAAAUUGAAACAAUGAAAACUCAACUUUCACAAAGAAAAAAAUGAGCAAGGAGCCUGUCAUUUUUGAAGAAACACAACAGACCGCCAAAAAUCUUGAAUAUCAAGUCAUUUGAAUUAGUUUCAAAAACAAAGAGGGAUACACGUACAGUAAAAAUAGUUGAUGAUCUCUUCUGACGGUUUGCCAGUCGUCUGAGAAAAAUGUUCAUCGCUUGUUGUCUGCCAUACCUAACUCGUAGACAAUUGGUCAUUUCAAACAAAGCUAAAGUCGUAGUAGCAGGUGAAGAAACGUUGUUAUGUGCAUUAGAAUUGAAGACUAAAGAUACGAGUGCAAGCCUUAAUGAUAUUCGCCUCAAGUACGAAUUGUUUGCCAGAAGCAGUCGUGUUGUGGAACCAAAUGUUGCUCAUUGCUGUCUAUCGCUUAUUUCUCGGGAGAAAUGCAAUAUUUUCAUUAAUGUCUCAACAACAACGGUUGUUAAAUUGACCAAAGUGAAAUUAGAUCUUGGAUGGAAAUUCAGACUUGCUGACAACGAGAUUAAGUUGAAGAUAAAAACAGGCAACUCAUUGUCAAGUCCAGUACCCUCAAGAAAUAGUUCAAAGCCAGAUCUCAGUGUAUUGAGCAGCAGCGAUGAGUAUGGCCCGAGGCUACCGAAACUUUCCCGCUUAGACCUGACUAAAUCACCUGUAUCUCAACUUGAUAUAUCACCCAGUCCUAGUCCUACAGAAUCGUCCUUUUCAUUCUCAGAUUACGAAGCCGGGAAAGGUCAAAGGAUUACGUCAUAUCACUUGUCAAAUGCCCAAGUUUCAGCUCAUCAUAGUUCGGUUGAAGCCGCCAUGUUACCUGAUGGUAUUGGGAUCAUACAAGCAGGGACACCGGCACAUUUCAAGGUGAAGAUGAAAGAUGAUGAGGGAAAAUCAAUUAUUAAGCGAACGAAGUUCGAACUGAUGGUCAAAUUAGGUGGCGAGGCGAUAUUCUCUGGUGCUACACGCAAAACUGUUUUUAAAUUGACUAAAACUCAGAGUGGAGAUUUCACAGUGUUGUUUUUUAUCAAUGAUGAACCGGUUCCAGGUGGUCCGUUCUAUGUAAACGUUAUUCCAUUAGCAGCAUGUUCUCUUUCAAAUUUCACAUUUGACGAGGAUUUGCGUCAAGUAAAACGCUAUAAAACUCAAUUUGAUAUGAUGUACGUAGGUAUCUGGAUGAUAUGUCGCGCUAACAUUGUUGAUAAAUAUGGAAAUAGAAUACAUAAAGAUUGCGAAGUUAACUUAAUUCAUGAUAAAGACAUUGAUGUAACGGCAGUUCAUGUUCACGAAGGUUAUCUUCAGUUUAAAACAAGAGCGGAGGAAACUGGUAAUUUUGAAUUGAGUUUUGUUUUAAAAGAAGAUUUACAAAAUGAAGUUAUUGUAAAGAAAA